AGUCCGGGCCCAGGCCGCGGGAAAGCCCGGGCGAGGCACCCCUAGGCCGAGCGGGGCGCGCCGGAACGAGAGCCAGCUGCGCCGGAGCGGGCGCCUCCAGGCCACCAGAUGUUCGCCAUGGAGCCAGGGCUAGCUGAGGGGGGCCCGUUCCUGGGGGGCCCGCCCCCCGGAGUAUGCCAGCCCCAACCAGACAGCAACUCCAACUUCAUGGCGAAUCCCAGGGACGCCAAUGAGAACUGGCACGGGAUGCCAGGCACCGUGGAGCCCGUCCUGAGGAGGAGCUCCCCCGAGCGGCCCUCCAACAACCAGGCUCCCAGAGCCCCUGAGGAGGGCAUCCGCAGCCCCCCGGAGGGAGCAGAGAUUCCUGGGGCUGAGCCUGAGAAGAUGGGGGGCGCCAGCACACUCUGCUCCCCUCUGGAGGACAACGGCUAUACCAGCAGCUCCCUGAGCAUCGACAGCCCCAGCAGCAGUCCUGAGUCUGCCUGUGGGACCCCUCGAGGCCUGGGCCCCCCGGAUCCUCUUCUGCCCUCCGUGGCCCAGGCUGUGCAACAGCUGCAGGCUCAGGAGCGCUAUAAAGAGCGGGAGAAGGAGAAGCACCAUGUGCACCUGGUGAUGUACCGGCGCCUGGCACUGCUCCAGUGGAUCCGGGGCCUGCAGCACCAGCUGGUUGACCAGCAGGCCCGGCUGCAGGAAAGCUUCGAUACCAUCUUAGACAAUCGCAAGGAGCUUAUCCGGCGUCUCCAGCAGAAGGCAGCACCAUCUAGGCCCCAGGACCAGGGCUAAGGCUGUGCCCCCACAAGUGUGCGAGGGUAUAUAUGUGUAUGUUUGCAGGCAUGUGUGUGGCUGUGCACAAAUAAGUAUAUGAUUAUUUGCUAGCUUGAGUGCAGGUAAGCAUAAUAAGUGAGUGUGUAUGUGCUAACAUAAAAACGGGUGUGUGCAGGUAUGUGUGAAUGAGCUUGAGUGUGCUGUUACGUGUGAGUAUGUAAGAAUGAACAUGUAUGUAGCAUGUAUGUAAUGGAGUGAAUUUGUACGUGCAAGUGUGGACAGGUACCCAACAGUGUGUGUGUGUGUGUGCAUAAGUGAGGAUGUUUAUGCACAAGAUGUGUGUGUGUGUGUGUAUACAUGAGCUUGAAUGUGUAGGCACGUGCUGGGUGUGUGUGAGUGAACCCCUGUGUGUGCAGGCCUAUAUGAUGGGGUGCACGUGUAUUUGCAGACUGGUGAGCCUACUGAUUUCAUCUGCCCACAUCCUGUGUUACCCAUGGCCUACCCAGCCUUUGUUUUCCUCUGGGUCUCACUGUCCCCCGAUGAAAAAUGGCUGGCCUGCUGUCAGUUGAAGGAUGUACCCUGCUGUCAUCUAUCUGAGCGGUGUGGCUGAUCCAUUCUCCUAGAAUUUUCCAGACCAUUUCUCUUCAUCUCUUCCCCUCACUUAUCCCAUACCUUGCUCUGCUAGCUCACUGUCCUUGAUGCUAGCUUUGCUGUGAGGGGUUUAGAGGCUGUUCUGGCCUGCCAUAGCAUUUUGUAACAAUAUUUAUUUAUUUAUUUGAAAGGCAAAGUUACAGAAAGAGAGAGAGAGGUCUCCCAUCCACUGAAUCAUUCCCCAAAUGGCCACAAGGGCCAGAGCUGGGCCUGUCUGGAGCCUGGAGCCAGGAGCUUCUUCUGGGUCUCCCAUGUGGCUACAGGGGCCCAGGGACUUGCGCCGUUUUCUGAUGCUUUCCCAGGUGCGUUUGCAGGGAGCUGGAUCAGAAGUGGAGCAGUUGGAACUUGAACCGGCGCCCAUAUGGGAUGCUAGCAUUGCAGGCAACAGCUUAACCUGCCAUGCCACAACACCAGCCCCUGCCAUAGCAUGUUAUCUACAGUUUUUCAGAGCAGUUGGUGGAGAACUGGUUUGAGAGAAGGAAAUCGGGAGUGGGAAGGUGCAGCUCAUGGCAGGAGGUGGCAGGGAAGGUAGGGGACUAUCCCUCUUGGACUCUGCCUUUGGACACACUGGACAUGGUAAUAGGGAAAUGACAGUGGCAGAGCCCUUUGAGGAACAGGAGAACGGAAAUUCUAACAUAGCAGGUCCCUAACCGACCAAAGCUCUCCACUGGCAAAGCAGCUGUUGAAAGCCACAUUGACUUAAGUUUCUGCUGAGAAGGAAUGUGCGCUCACAAGCUUGCAAGAAGUAGGUGGGUGUUCCGAGGCAGUUGGGGAAAAACCUCUCCCUGCCCUCUCUGUGCCUGUGCCUUGCUGGGCGUCUCUGGCUUUCGCAGCUUUGCGUGUUAAUUGGGUUGGUCCCUUUCUGCAGGGUGAGACUGUGGGCAGGAGGCAGCAUCAGCCCAGCCUCGGGCAGCUCUUGGAUGGCCUUUCAACAGGGACAGGCUCCAGUAGAGGCUCUGAGAGCUGUUGAGUGGUCACGUCUUGGGCAGGACCAACGACUGAGGUGGCUGAACUCUCAGCUCUGCUCCUGGGAGCCAAGAGAAUAUGAGGUUGCUGUGGGUGAGGCUAUGCUGUCGGGCCAGCUGUGGCACCACUGGCCCUCAGUCUCCAUGUCUGCUGUGCAUAGAGGAUCUUGCUGUCCAUCUCGAAAGAGUUCCAUCCCGAGGAGUGGGUGGGAGAAAGGUACAGGGAGAGGACGUGAAAUGUGGACCCUGGGCACCUGGGCACUUGGUGUCUGUAGCUCCUGCAUGCUGCUGCCUGGACUAACCCAGGAUGAAUAAACUGGGGCCGAGA